AUGCGGCUUACAGCCGACCUCAUCAAUAACUCCCUCUCCUAUUUAAACCCACUCAAAGAGCGCGAGCUGGAUCUACGAGGCCACAAAAUCCCCACCAUUGAAAAUUUGGGUGUCGCGGGUCCUCAAGAUGCGAUUGAUUUUACCGACAACGACAUCACCACUCUAGCUAAUUUUCCUCUCUCGCCGCGCCUAAACACCUUAUUAUGCGCCAGAAAUCGUAUACAGACCGUCGAUAGACGCAUUUCAGAGCAGUUGCCGAACCUGACGACGUUAGUACUCACUGCGAACCGAGUGAGGGAGUUGGGUGAUCUCGAGGGCCUCAGUCGGUGUAAUGGACUGAUACAUUUGAGUCUGCUGGAAAACCCGGUAACCAAGAAAGAGCAUUAUAGGCUCUACUUCAUCUGGUCGAUCCCGUCACUCCGUUUCCUGGAUUUCCAGAGGGUACGAGAAGCUGAUAGGGAGAAAGCGAAAGAACUUUUUGGAACACAUGAAGAACCAACAGAACUAGCCUCGAAGAUCAGAGGAAUCAAAACUCGGUCGUUCGACGUGGGUGGCGGUGCAGCUGGCACUACUAAUGGGAAGGACGACAGUGGCUCGCGACAUGGUGUGCGCACACAGUUGACAGAUACGGAGAAGAAGAGGGUGCAGGAGAUGAUCAAAAACGCAAAGAGUCUCGCAGACAUUACUCGUAUUGAGAAGGACCUGGCUGAGGGUAGGAUACCGGCGGGUGCAGCUGAUGCAGACCGGAUGGCAUCAUGA